AAAUAAGGAAUAUGUACCUAGGCCAAAAGAUGUCCUCUUUCAAGGGCUGAUAAACGCAGUCCGAACAAGACGGCUCAAAAUUGAAGGCUUGGGCGCUUGUUUUCAAUUGGGACGAAGGCAACGUCAAAAACUCUCCCAAUCUCCCCUCCAUUCCGUCCCUUCGCUCAAAUGCGAUCCAAGGACAGGAUCUCUUACUUCUACGAUGGGGAUGUUGGGAAUGUCUACUUUGGGCCUAACCAUCCGAUGAAGCCACACAGGCUUUGUAUGACUCAUCAUCUGGUUCUAGCUUACGGUCUUCACAAUAAGAUGGAAAUUUAUAGGCCUCACAAGGCGUAUCCGAUGGAGCUGGCUCAGUUUCAUACACCUGAAUACAUUGAGUUUCUGCACAGGAUAAAGCCGGACACCCAGAACUUAUUCGAGACCGAACUGAAAAGAUAUAAUCUAGGAGAGGAUUGUCCUGUAUUUGAUAACCUGUUUGAGUUUUGUCAAAUUUAUGCGGGUGGAACAAUAGAUGCGGCACGCAGAUUAAACAAUCAGCUAUGUGAUAUAGCUAUAAAUUGGUCGGGUGGUUUGCACCAUGCCAAGAAGUGCGAGGCUUCAGGAUUUUGUUAUAUUAAUGAUCUAGUCCUGGGAAUUUUGGAGCUUCUCAAGUAUCACUCCCGAGUUUUGUAUAUUGAUAUUGAUGUACAUCACGGAGAUGGUGUAGAAGAGGCUUUUUAUUUUACAGAUAGGGUAAUGACUGUCAGUUUCCACAAGUAUGGAGAUAAGUUUUUUCCUGGAACAGGUGAUAUGAAGGAUGUAGGAGAAAGAGAUGGAAAAUUUUAUGCCAUAAAUGUGCCAUUCAAGGACGGGAUUGAUGAUUCCAGUUUCACUCGUCUCUUUAGAACAGUUAUUUCAAAGGUGGUUGAAACAUAUAUUCCUGGAGCAAUUGUUCUCCAAUGUGGAGCAGACUCAUUAGCUGGUGAUCGUUUGGGCUGCUUUAACCUCUCCAUUGAUGGGCAUGCUGAAUGUGUUAGGUUUGUGAAGAAAUUUAACAUACCCUUGCUGGUGACUGGAGGAGGGGGGUAUACCAAAGAAAAUGUCGCUAGAUGUUGGACUUAUGAAACAGGGGUUCUUCUAGACACAGAGCUUCCUAAUGAUAUACCUGAUAAUGACUACAUCAAAUAUUUUGGCCCUGAUUAUUCAUUGAAGAUUCCCGGGGGGCACAUUGAGAACAUGAACAGCAAAUCAUAUCUUGGCACCAUAAAAACACACGUAUUGGAAAGUCUUCGUUGCAUCCAGCAUGCUCCAAGUGUGCAGCUGCAGGAGGUACCACCUGACUUUUACAUUCCAGAUUUUGAUGAAGAUGAGCGAAAUCCUGAUGAGCGCUUGGAUCAGCAUACACAAGACAAGCAAAUCCAGCGAGACGAUGAAUAUUAUGAAGGUGACAAUGACAAUGAUCAAUUCAUGGAUGAUGCAUGAGCUCCCCCAACAUCCUCUUUGGUUUUAGCUUCUGGGGGUAGGGAUUUAUUCUUAGUUUGAGAUAUGACUAGGUUAUAUCUUGUAUGUAUAUAUAUAUGCUAUCGUUUUGGUUUGGAUAAGAGGAAAACAGAAACACAAUUCCAAUGUUGUCUUUAUGGCUUAUUCUGGCAUAAUACUGAGUGUGGAUGGUUUUGGUGAUAGUUUGUAUAGGGCAAUGUUGUGUUUUCGGGGCUUUUCUCCUAGAGGACAAAGACGAAUGUCCAAACAUGUGAGAAAAAACUGCUAGAGUAUAC